CUCAACUCAACAAAAAAUAUUUCCUAAAAUAAUAAAGUCUAAUAAAGUUAAUAAUGAAUAAAUUAAAGCAGCAGCAGAAAGAUAAGGUCAAAAAAUUUAUAGCUCUAACACAAACUGGCGAGCAGACAGCUAUAUUCUGCCUGCAGAAUAAUGACUGGAAAUUGGAUUUAGCGAGUGACAAUUACUACCAAAAUCCCGAUUAUUACAGAGAAUUAGAUGCGAAAAAGAUUGAACAACUUUUUAUCAAAUACCGUGAUCCAAAUGAGCCGCAAAAGAUCUUAUCAGACGGCGUUGUUAGACUCCUCGAAGACCUUCAAUUAUCUCCUGAAUCCAGGCUCGUCCUCAUCAUUGCAUGGAAAUUUAGGGCGCAACAACAGUGUGAAUUCACACGAGACGAAUUUGUGAAUGGAUUUUGUGAUUUAGGAGUAGAUAGUAUAGACAAAUUAAAACAGAAACUUCCUCAAAUAGAGACGGAUUUGAAUGACAUAAACAAAUUUAAAGAUUUCUAUCAAUACACAUUCAACUAUGCAAAAGAAACUGGCCAGAAAGGUCUCGAUCUCGACAUGGCUAUUGCUUACUGGAAUAUCGUGUUGAAGGAUCGCUUCAAGUUCCUUGAUUUAUGGUGCAAAUUUCUCACGGAGAAUCACAAACGGUCUAUCCCAAAAGAUACGUGGAAUCUUUUGCUGGACUUUGCACAACACAUCGAUGAUAACAUGAGUAACUAUGAUGCUGAAGGAGCAUGGCCUGUCCUAAUUGACGACUUUGUUGAGUGGUGUCAACAGCGCUUAAGUCAAAUGAACGCCACACAACAGCAAUUAUCGGCACCUCAACAACAGCAACAGCAGCAACAUUAUUAUCAACAGGGAAAAAGUAACAUGUAUUUUGGGUAAUUUGACGCGUUCAGCUCUUUUAAAUCUGUUUUUUGCCUAUUUACUCAAAAUUUGUUUUUCCUUUUUUGUAAAUUGAUGAAGAAGAAAUUUUUUGUUUUCCUGAUGAAUGCUUA